CCAGCACCAUACAGCCAGAGUAUUCCAACAUUUGUUAGACAACACAUCAACCAAAUCAUAAGUAACAGCUCUUACACUUGGUGAUACAACCCUCCCAAAACCUCUAGCAUGAAGCUGUUCACCACUACAUCCACCCUGGUGAUCCUGGUGGUGUUGGGGUUAAGUCUGGAGAUGGUGACCGCUGAGGACUGUGACCUGCCAUCCUGUGCAGUCAUCUCUGGGCAGGAAGUUCGCUGUAAGAACCCUUACGCCUGGUUCGAAUAUCACCCUCACCCAACAAAUCCUAACUUGUACGUACAGUGCACAAGGUAUGGCCCUCAGGUGAUGAGCUGUCCCGAGAGUUUGAUCUGGUCCCAGUCGUCCAGACUGUGCAACUAUGACAAUAAGCCCAUUCCUGAAAACUGUAACUGCAACAACUGCUUCCUGCCAAACCCCGCUGAUGCUACUACCUACUACUGGUGCUUCGAUUCGAACGGUGAGUAUAAGGCAUCGAGAGGUCAGGUAUAAGUGGCACUCUAGAGUCACCUGGGGUGCCACACGUGGAGAAGAGGGUGGCACCUGUUGUAAGUAUGAAAAAUGUGACUGACAAGUUUGUGUGUGUGUU